AUGGCCACAGUAAAUGAGUGGGCGUCAAGCAUAACGGAGGGGUCGGUUGCCAGCCUUCAAAAAUUACCUUCAAUUCCCGUGCGCGACGGGAAGACCAUAUACCUCGCACGUGUCGACCUACACCUCAUUGCCGGGAGCGAGGUCGUCCUGGACGUGGACCUCGACGCGCUCAAGCUGCUGGUCAACUCACAGACCUCAUUCAUACGGAGGCUCUUCGGAGUCGGAUCACAGUCCAUCCUCGCGCCCUCACAUACGGAGUCAGGAAUUCUACCAAUCGCAUUUCGGCGGCUACUGUUGGCACUAGGCUACCUUCGUUACCUCCUGAUCCUCCCCCCAACGCACUUCGCUGGUGCUGCUAUGCGUGACUCCAUGGCUCUCGCGAGCGCAUCAAAACCGGGGUGGCUCAAUGACCUGCGUAUCAUAGUCGGUCGCCUAUGCCCGGCCCUCAGUGCUAGAGUUCGGGCUUGGGAGGCCAUGUUAGAAACUGUAAAAAACUUCCAGGCGACGUGGGUGCUCAGCGCACCCGAAGUAUCUUGGGAGACGAGAGCAGAAUCCUUGCACGCGACGCGUCGGCCCUGUUGGAAUCCGAACCGUGACCCCCAUGUGACAGGACUCGGCAACUCCCGUGGCAGGCUGCUCCUCGACUUCCAUGACAUUGGGAGCUUCCCCACGACAAGGUAG